AUGAAUCGGGCUCUGGUGGUGCUGGUAGUGCUUAAAAUGCUGACUCUCAGUGAGUCUCGCUUUGCCAAAGUGAAUAUAAACCUGGGCUUAACCGUGGCCGACGAGUCCCCGAAACCCAUUACGGAGGACAUGAUCCGUCUGUGCGGCGAUCAAACGGAUAUAUCUCUCAGGGACUUGCACAAGCUGCAGCAGCAGGACUUCACCGAUCCCUCGGAAUCUGUCCAGUGCUUCACUCACUGCCUCUACGAGCAGAUGGGCCUCAUGCAUGACGGUGUCUUCGUGGAGAGGGACUUCUUUGGUCUGCUCUCCGAUGCCAGCAAUCCGGACCUGUGGCCAGAGCGACAGUGUCACAUGAUACGCGGUGAAAAUAAGUGCGAGACUGCCUUCAAAAUCCACCAGUGCCGGCAGCAGGUGAAGCAGCAGAAGGUUAACUCCUCCACGGGCAAGGAUGUGGAGGUCACCACACAGAUUCAGGCAGAGGAUGCCUUGCCCUAG